ACUUUCCGCUGCCCUGUUCCAUCUUCAUCUCCCCUCCCCACAUACCCCUGCUGCCGCACCCGCACGCACGCACACAACAGCAGCACAGCGUCUCUUCCUCCUCCCAAAACCUCUCUCCUCUCCCUUUCUCUGUCUCUGAGCGUGUGUCUGUCUGUCAGUGAGUAAUAAAUGGCAGCGAGCAGCGUGCGUGGCUGAAGGCUGCUGAGCAGAGCAGGGCGAGCGCUCGCUAGUCGGCUAGUGCUGUGCUGUGCUGUGCUGUGCAGCGGUUGCUCCUCCUGGUCCUGCUACUGCUCCGCUCUCCUCGUCGCUUGCUCGUCUUUUUUCCACACUGGGCGGAUUUCUUUCUCGCAAGGAGCAGGAGGAGGAGGAGGGGGAAAGGUUUGUCCGUUUCUUGCGAGAGCCCGUUGCAGAGAUCCAGCCAGGCAGCAGGAUUCAAGAACCUGACCUUUUUGUGCUCUACUCCCCGAGAGAUUUUCACCCAAAGUUUGGUCCUUGGAGCCGAUUCGAUCCCUGGAAACAACCAAGUGAAGGUGCCGCAAAUCCGUUGUGACUGCACAAAAUCCCAAAACGCCUCUGCCACCUAUCUAUUUGAUCGUUGGGAACCUAGCUCCAUCCAUCUGAGCCAAGAAAGCAGCAGCCGCAGGGCGGAGGGGAGGGGAGAGGAUAGGAGAGGGCGUCCUCUUCCGAGCAGCCCGCAUUGCCGCCUGUCGAUGAGUGAGCGCUGCCUCCGAUGCCGUCGGGGUGCUCGGUGUCCAGUCUCGCGGCGCGGUUCGCCUUCUUCCCGCCGGAGCCGGCGACGUACGCCGUCCGGAAGGACGAGGCCACGGGCCGCCUCGUCGCCUCCGGCGUGCCGCGGGACAACGCCAUGGACGUCCUGCUCGUCGACACCAGCAGGGGGAACAAGGUGGUGGCCUUCUACUUCCGGAACCCCUGCGCGCGCCUCACCCUGCUCUACUCGCACGGCAACGCUGCCGACCUCGGCCAGCUGUACGACCUCUUUGUGCAGCUCAAGGUCAAUCUCAAGAUCAACCUGAUGGGAUAUGACUAUUCUGGCUAUGGUGCAUCUACUGGCAAGGUCCACCUGCAGGCUUCAUGGAUGUCCAAACUAUCCAUCUCACUGCUGUGGCAUGAUAUGCAGCCAAGUGAAGAGAAUACAUAUGCAGACAUUGAAGCAGUGUACCAAUGCUUAGAAACUGAGUAUGGGAUCAGCCAGGAAGACAUUAUCUUGUACGGACAAUCUGUCGGCAGUGGACCAACAUUACAUUUAGCCUCUCGUUUGCCUAGAUUGCGUGGGGUGGUUCUCCACAGCGCUAUACUGUCAGGCCUCCGUGUGGUUUGCCAUGUGAACUUUACUUUCUGCUUUGACAUUUACAAAAAUGUCAAGAAAAUAAAAAAGGUCAAAUGCCCAGUGCUCGUUAUUCAUGGGACGGACGACGACGUGGUGGACUGGUCGCACGGGAAGGAGCUGUGGAGGCUGGCGAGGGAGCCUCACGACCCGCUCUGGAUCAAGGGCGGCGGGCACUGCAACCUGGAGCUGUACCCGGACUUCAUCCGCCACCUGUCGCGGUUCGUCCGCGAGAUGGAGACCGUGACGACGAAGGCCCGGCUGAGGAAGAUCCGGCCGGCCCUCCACCAGCUCCGCAAGAAGGCGGCGCACCGGGCAAGCACGGCGGCGACGACGACCACCACCACCACCUUCACCGCCAACUGCUGCUGCCGCGUCCGCGUCCGCAAGCCGACCUGCCCCAGCUGCGGCUCCUUCGGCUGUGGCUGCUGCGGGCCGCUUAGGAGCUGCCUCGCGCUCCGGUUUCCCAGGUGCUGCCGGCCUCCUGCUGCCUGCUUCACCUGCGGCGGCUGCUGUUGGUCAUGCAGGUGCAGGAGCUGCUUCAAGUGCUGCUGCUGCUGAUGAUGAUGUUGAGACGUGCGUCAAUGAGUGCCGCCCGCCGAUCGAUCCCUGCGCGCGCGCGCGCGCGUAUGGUAUAGUGAAGAGGAAUGACAGUGGUCAUGGGAUCCCUGCUAACAAACCCUUUAAACGCCGUAGACUAUAAAAAAAACCUAGAUUUGAGCUGGUGGCUGCUGAACGUUGUAUUAACAGAUCCCAGGACUCCCCGCCGUUUGUGGUUCCUCUCGUUGUAGUUGCUUGUCAGAUUGGUGAUUCGUCUCAUUAUUAAUCCGUCUGAUGUUUGUGGAGUCUA